AAGCUAAAUGGUGUGAGAAAAUAGCCAAGCCGGCAACACUGUUUUGUUAUUAACAAUUUGCGCUGGCCUCCUUGGCGUUCCGGGCGUCGUGGAUGUGAAUCGACUGGAAUUGGCUACCAAUUUGGAUCGCAGGACGCUGAAUGCGAAACGGGGGGAACUGCAGGUCAGGAAUCGCCGGAUCCGGAGCACGGCGGGCGGAUGCCAAAAACUUAAAGUGCUUCAGUUGUUGCGAAAAAAUUGCGUGUUCCUUGAGCGAAAAAGGACGAUCCACUUUGGGGAGCUCUGAGGAUAUCCCGCAAAGUCAUGAAGAAGUCGGGAAAGGGGAAGCGGCCAGCCAAGGCCUCUGCCUCCGGCGGCACUGCGUCCGGGGAGUCGUCACAGGAUGCCAAUGCGAAGCAGCCGAAGGGCGAAGUGGCUGCGAAGGAAUGCGAUUGUAAUGUUAAGAACAAUAAUGUUAUGGAGCUUGCAACCAAGAAGGAGCUCACUACCAAGAAGGGGCCCAUAACCCAGAAGGAGCCCAAAACCAAGGAUGAGCUCACUACCACGAAGGAACUCACUACCAAGGAAGAGCUUACUACCAAGAAGGAGCCCAUAACCAAGGAUGAGCUCACUACCACGAAGGAACUCACUACCAAGGAAGAGCUCACAACCACGAAGGAUCCCAAAUCCAAGGAAGACCCCAAAACCCAGUCCGAACCCGACAAGAAUAUCGAAUCUUCACCAUCAUCCAUGACCGCUAUCGAAAAGCUGCGACGCUUUUGCUUCAUUGGCUCGACGGAUACCCCCGUUUAUGCCACGCCCACCUUGGGCGUGGACAGGGGCGUGGAGAGCUCGGUCCCGUUUCUGGUCAAGCUGUGCUCUGAGGUCGGUGAAACCGAACUGGUCGAGUGCUUGUCCAGUUUGCUGGGCAAGGGACCGAAUGCCGAGCACUUGCCGCGCUUCGAUGAGCCGCUCCUCGUCCUGGCCGUCUUCCUGUCCACCCAAGGCGACGAGGAGAAGCGCAAGUUGGUGCGCAACAAGUUCCCCGAUCUGAUAGCCGGCGACCGGGAGCUGCUCCUGUUUGUGCAGCUGGUGAAGCGAGUGCAGAAGCGACUCGAACGGAAGACGCCCUUCAGUCGCACGGUGCGCAAGGCCGUUCUCGAUUGGUAUGGAAAGCAGUCCUUGGACAGGUUGCUCGACCUCUGGUCCAUGGGCGACGGCAGCCAGUGGUCGGCCCACAAGGACCUGCUGCACAAGUGUCACUACAGCGCCGUGGAGUUUCCUCCGGACAUAACGGCAGCCUUGCGCUUGCUUUCCACCCAUCCCAAGGAGCUGUCCACCUGGCCCAGCUACCUGAGUCCGCUGGUCAGUGUUCGCAGCAUUAUCGACGGCAUUCUAAAACUGCGCCUGCUCCAGGAUCCGAAGGAAGCCCUGCCCUUGGUCCAGAAUCUAUGCCUCAGUAGCAACAAUGUUCCGGUGUUGCUGUUCCGGGACUCAAAACUGGCCAAGUUCCUGAUGCCGCACAUGAGCUACGAUGAUCUGCUAGACCGAUGGCAGCGUCUCUCGCGCCACCACCACCAGGUGCGUCCCUUGAUGGAGCUGCUCUUGGACGAGAAGAAGCUCAAGGCGGGCAAUGUUCACCCUGUGCGGCUGCUGCUCGAGGACAUGCACUUCCGGAAGCCCAAGAAAGUGGGCCUCAUCUCGGUCGGGUCCAAGAAGCCUACUUUCCUGUACAGCGCCUACGAGACUUCCUUUGGCCUGAACAAGGCCGUGGGCAGGCGGCUGCACAUCACCCUCAAUCUGGAGGAGUGCUACAUGAGCAAAUAUCUGACUGGUCGCUGUCGCUCUUUGAAGUACUUGGACGCCGUGGUGGCGCUGGCCUUUGGCUAUUUUCACAGUGAUCCCAAGGUGACUGUCCAGUUCUGGUCCGACCGGAGCGGCCAACUGAAGACGCUGCCCUGGACGAAGGAGAUGACACUGGCGGAGGCCACCGCCUGUUGCGAGGCUCAGAAGGUGUCCAAGAUCAAGCAGUCGCUGAUGGGUAUUUUGGAAAAGGCCCUGGCGGAUGAGAAGAAUACGUACGACUUGUUUCUGGUUCUGGUGCCGAGCGCUACUCGUGGGAAUCCAGAAAUGAGCUCCAAGGGCCUGACCGCUCUCUUGGAUGAGUAUCGCGAGAAGCGCAGUUCUAAUGCCAAAUUUAUUGUGGUGAGCCUGCGUCAGCACCAUGCAUCCAUGGAAUACUCCAGUGAGCGGAACGAGAACCUGCUGGAGCUGUGCAGUCUGGACGAGCACACGCCGCAGCUGAUCAACGCCUUCGCUCGCAAGAAGUUCUACUAGGAUCCCCGGGACUCGGCCAGAAGAGCAACCAAAGAGAGGUGGAGAAGCUCCAAGGGAACCCCCUGGAAAUAACAGAUAAAAAAACGCACUGCUGCCAGCAUUUCCCAGGCAAGCCCCCGACUCCCCGAACCGAUACCACUACCGAUAAUCCUUCCACUUCCAGUUCGUUGAGGGACGAUGGCCAGGUUUGUUGCCAUCUCUUUCGCUUUCAUAGGAUCCCCUCUUACUCGCGCCCUCACCACAAACAACGCCACCCCCCCCAAAAAAAUAGCUUUCUUGUAAGAUAGGUCCUUGGUGUAUUAUGGAAUUAGAAGUAGAAACGAAAGCGCAAAACUUAAGCGACGAGCAGCGUAUUUAUGUACUAAUUAAUAAUUAAUGGAUAAACUAAAAAAACUAAAAACAGAGACAGUUUAAGAAACAUAAAGUUUACGAAACUUCAGACUCCAGAAUUGAAAUGAAGGGUUAGUUAGAGAUGUUUUUUGUGAAACCAGCUCGUUUUGUGUAUCACCUUUGUAUUCGAAUUUUGUAUUUGUACUAGAUUUGGUGGAUUUAUUUUUUGAAAUCAAACUGAAUCAACACUGAACUGAACUCAAUCUAAAUUCAAUUUGGAUUAAAAACAAUCUCAAAGCAAAAGCAAAAGCAAACGCAGAAGCCACAAAACAAAUAAAAAAAUAUGAUAGAAAAAAG